UCAUUCCAUAAAAGGAGCAAGGCUAUCUGCUUUGUCCCCAGUGCUCCGGGACACCCGACUGCUGGCAAGCGCUCCAUUCCCAGGGCUCUGUGGUGGCGGGCAACACAAGUAACAGGCAAAGCCAACCUGCAAUCAAGAGUGGAAGUCGGGUAGCCUAGCCAAUAAGAAUGCGAGCAAUUUUCUUUCCUUUGCAGUUGCGGGUUCUUUCCAGUUCGCUGGAGACAAAGGCGGGGCAAGGUUUCGACGCGGCCACUGAUGGGAGAAAACGAGAACCUCUAGACCUAUCAAGGAUCACCACGUGGGCGGGACUCCGGGAACCGUCCCGCUGGGAGCUGCGGGCUCUGAGUCCCCGGGACAGGCAGGGAUCUGCUGCUGUCCGCUAGGGGCGAGGGGAGGCGGCGCUGGGAGGCGCGGGAUGCAAUCGGAACCUCCUUCUGUCUGGGCCAGGCCGGGGGAGGGCUCUGGGACCGAGGUCGCACGAAGCCGGCGGGCCGCCUUAGAGCCGAGUUAGCGUCGCCGCUGAACCCAAGCCCCGCUCGCCAUGGGGGAAGUGGAGAUCUCGGCCCGGGCCUACGUGAAGAUGUGCCUGCACGCCGCCCGGUACCCACACGCGGCGGUCAACGGGCUGUUGCUGGCGCCAGCGCCGCGGUCCGGAGAAUGCCUGUGCCUCACCGACUGUGUGCCCCUCUUCCACAGCCACCUGGCCCUGUCCGUCAUGUUGGAGGUCGCCCUCAACCAGGUGGAUGUGUGGGGCACACAGGCUGGUCUGGUGGUGGCUGGAUACUACCAUGCCAAUGCAGCUCUAGACGACCAGAGCCCUGGGCCCCUGGCCUUGAAAAUCGCUGGACGAAUUGCAGAAUUCUUCCCUGAUGCAGUACUUAUUAUGUUGGAUAAUCAGAAACUGGUGCCUCAGCCUCGUGUGCCCCCUGUCAUCGUCCUGGAGAACCAAGGUCUUCGCUGGGUCCCCAAGGACAAGAACUUAGUGAUGUGGAGGGACUGGGAGGAGUCACGGCAGAUGGUGGGAGUACUACUGGAGAGCCAGGCACACCAGCAUCUUGUGGACUUUGACUGCCACCUCGACGACAUCCGGCAGGACUGGACCAACCAGCAGCUCAAUACCCAAAUCACCCAGUGGGUUGGUCCCACCAAUGGAAAUGCCUAGCCAGGGCCAGGGGUGUCAGGAUCCAAUAAAGAGACUUGAGCUGAUGGG